GAAUCGACCAAGCCAUACGCCAUGUCGACCUCCUCGCAGGCCGGCGGCAAUGGUCUCCCCUCCUGUUCCGGUUCCGCUUCCUCCAUCGUCGCCGGCGCCGUGAGCGGCUACCACGUGCUCAAGAUCGUCGGCUACUCGCGCACCAAGGAGCUCCCCAAUGGCGAGUGGAUCGACUCCUGCCCGUUCCAGGUGGGAGGCCGCACAUGGCAUCUUCGUUACUAUCCCAACGGGGCCGAGUCCAGUAGCACCGAUUACAUAUCCCUCUAUGUCGUACUCGAUGAUAUCGUCGGCGAGGCUGAGGCCGUGAAGGCGCAAGCCAACUUCAGCCUGCUCGACCAAGGUGGGAAUCCGGUGCUGCCCUAUUGCUGGGGAACCGGUACCAAAAACUUCUCCGAGGAAAACACUUGGGGAUUCAACAAGUACAUCAAAAGGGAUGAGUUGGAGAAAUCAGAACUUCUCAAGGACGAUUCCUUCACUGUCAAGGUCGAUGUCACUGUCAUGGGCGAGUUCCACGCACGGAAAGCACCAUCCGUCGUGGUGCCACCGUCCGACAUACACCGGCACCUCGGGGAUCUCCUGUCGAGCAAGGCCGGCGUCGAUGUCGAAUUCCGGGUCGGCGGGGAGACAUUCUCGGCGCACCGAUUGGUGCUCGCGGCACAGUCUCCGGUCUUCAGAGCAGAGUUCUUUGGGAACAUGAAGGAGGGCACCACCACUGAGCCCAUAUGUAUAGAUGACAUUGAGGCAGAAGUGUUCAAGGCUCUGCUUACUUUCAUGUACACGGAUACAUUGCCUGAUAUGGAUCAACAGGAGGAAUCUGCCAUGGCUCAGCACUUGCUUGUUGCAGCAGAUAGGUAUGAUCUGGAGAGGCUGAAGCUGAUUUGUGAAGAUAAGCUAUGCAAACAUAUCGAUACGAGCUCCGUGGCGACUAUCUUGGCAUUGGCGGAGCAGCACCACUGCCACGAGCUUAAGGCAGCAUGCUUGGUGUUCCUCAGCUCGCCAGUGAAUCUGGAUGGGGCCAUGGAGUCUGAAGGUUUCCAGUUUUUGACAAAGAGCUGCCCUGGUGUUAUUAAGGAUCUUCUCAUGUCCCACGUUGCUCCUAGUUUACUUGGGAAAAGAAAAUCAAAGGCAUGAAAUGUCAUUUGGAAUCAUCUGUCCAGAAAGUUACUAAAGACCCUGCAUGCUAUCUAAGCAUUAGUACUUCUUUUGUGUAGUCUUAUCUCACAAGGAUGUGAUGUACGGUGGUUCUUUUUGUUUGGUCAUUGUAUCCUUCGUGGAGAAUUAGUAAUGGUUCGACAAGCUAUGUGCCAAGCAAGAACUGUAUGUGCUAAUUAGUGAACUGUUAGUUCAGAACUUGUAAGCAUUUCAACUAGUUGCGCUUCACAUUGUGCCACAAUCGCUACUAGCAUUGCGCUGCUUUCUGAGUUCAUGCAUCCCUCGUUCAGUACAGGGCACUGCUUAUUUACCAGCUUCAGAUAGACAAUGCCUUGUUUAAAUGCUGGGUUGUGAUCCUGUGAAAAAGCAUUGGCCUUGUCCGGUUUUCAACUUUUUCUAUGGCUGCAGUUUGAAGUU